AGGCUAUAGAUUAUAGAUCAUAGGUUAUAUAUUUCUGUUGUGGCAAGAUGUUCGUGCUUUUACUUUGAAAAGCUGGAAGCGGACGUGGGUGUGUCCAUCAUGUUUAAAUAAACGGCAGUCUGUUAGCAGUUAGCCUGUUUGCAGUAAGUUGGUGAGUUUUGGGGUAAGAUGCCGAAGGUCGGCGCUGAGGCGGAGCUGCGGACUCUGACGGAGUGUCAGUACAGGUAUCCAGGUGAAACUCUGUCAGAUCUUCAGAGGGUUCGUUCUCUGUUCUCUGAUCUUCGUCUCUACGUUGAUUUUUACUGUUUCCCCAACAAAGAGAAGAAGAAGCUCGUUUACCUGGCGGGGACACUUCCUGUUCUCUACGAAGGAAGUGAGUAUAAUAUCCCAGUGUGUAUCUGGCUUCAUGAGACCCACCCGGUGUCCAGACCUCGCUGUUUCGUCUGUCCCUCUGUCUCCAUGGUGAUCAACCCAUCCUGUUCCUGUGUAGACGCCUCCGGCAACAUCAGUCUGGACGGACUGAAAAAUUGGACUCAUGGCGUGUCCAACCUGUCACUGCUUGUGUCAGAGAUGAGGCGGGCCUUCCAGAGGGACACACCCCUGUAUGCCAGGUCUCCAGUCCAAGCUCCGCCCCCUGCAGGUGUGCAGGUGUCAGUGUUAGCUGGAAGCAUUCAUCCUCCCACCUCCAUCACCUCCUCCUCCGCCAUCACCUCCUCUAUCACCUCCUCCUUUUCAAAGAGCCACCACCUCCCCCUCACCUCCUCCCGCCUGUCUGGACUGAAAGCCAGCCAAUGGGAGCAGAGCAAGGAGGUGAGGGUGAGGAGGUCGUACACUGAGGAGCUGCUGGGGAUCGACUUCAGUGCGCCUCCUCCUUUAUCUUCCUCCUCCAACAACCACAACAACCCAUUCCUGAGCUCCUCCCCCUCCUCAGGUGUGGCCCCUGCAGACCCCCUCAGUAGGAGGAUGGGAGCUCUGAGGCUGGACACAGAGUCCAGCAGAGACCAGCAGGAUGGGUCACCAGUACAGACAGUCCAAUCAGAGGCAGCCAGAGAUGGUCACGACACAGGUCCUGGACCAGCAGCUGGACUGCAUCAGGGUCUUGGGACUCAGAGAAUUCAGUCAGAACCUGCAGCUGGAGAGGAACACGCCAAGAUGGCGGCCCGUCUUCCUCCAGACAAGGCAGCCAUCUACCUGUCUCUGAUGACCAUGGAGGGGAGGAGCUUCAGCCCAGGUGAUGUCAUGGAGGCGGUCCAACUCAACAGAGAUUUCCCAUUAGCCCUUAAGUUCCUGACUCACAGCUGCCCCAUCUGUCAGGAGCAGGUGUCCUUCAGCAAGAUCAUCACCAUGACUCACUGCUCCUGUUUCUUGUGUCAGACGUGUUUUAAGACGUUUUUCUCUUCGGCCAUUAAAGAGAAGAGCAUCGAUCAGCUGGUUUGUCCUCAGUGUGGUCGACCUGAGGUCAAAGGUCAGGGAGGGAUGGAAUACUUCAACCUGCUGGACACACAGAUUCGUCACUUCCUGCCACCUGAAAUCCACGAACUCUUCCAAAGGAAACUCAGAGAUCGAGCUCUGCAGGAAAUGCCGAACUUCCGCUGGUGCUCUCAUUGUUCCUUCGGGAUGCUCCAUGAGGCCGACAGGUUGAGGAUGGACUGUCCCAGCUGUAAGAAGAGUACCUGCUGUCAGUGCAGAUCACCUGUAAGAACAACACACACCUGUCUCUCUGAUCACAGGUCAGAACCUCCACAGACUAACGUGGUCCUGUGUCUGCAGUGGUCUCCCCAACAUCAGGGACUCUCCUGUCACCAGUUCAGAGUCUGGCAGCAGCAAAACCAACCGGACCACCACACCUCCACCACCACCACCCUGCUCAGCUACAACAGCAUCGAGUGUCCAAACUGUCAGUUUGUCUUCAGUCUGUCCAAAGGAGGCUGUCUUCACUUUACCUGCAGUCAGUGUCAGCAUCAGUUCUGUGGAGGCUGCAGUCAGCCCUUCAGUCCUGGAUCUGCAUGCAGGUUCUCUGCUGACUGUGGAACCAAAGGACUUCACGCCCAUCACCCCAGAGACUGUCUGUACCACCUGAGAGACUGGAGCGUGCCCCGCCUACACCUGCUGCUACAGUAUUACAGAGUGUCUCCCACCUGGUUGGAACUAGCCAAUAACAGCUCUGCUGGCAGCAGUCAGACAGGACUGUGUUUGGUUUUGGAGCUCAGAGAUGACGGCGGCAGGCGGGAGGAGCCGUGCGGACGACUGGCGCUACCUGAGUACAGAGGAUACUGCCAGAUGCAUUAUAAGGAGCGUUUGGUGGAGCUGAUCAACCGUUGCUGUGCUGACCCAGCGGUCCUCUUCAGCCCGGCAGAGAUGAUGGCGGAGCUGCAACGCUGGAACGUCGCCAUGCCAACCAGGAAACCAGAGGAACCAGAGCCACUGUACACACACCGCCUCCGCCUGACUUUGACCAACAGUGUUCCUCUCAGGAAGCCACCGAGCUUUCUACUCAAACUCAACAACGACCUCUGACCUCUGCUGCGGCUCCUGGAACUCCGCCUCCCCACCUGCUGGCUGACUCUGCCCACUCCUAACAUGUCAGCCAAUCAGAGGGUUCUGUGUCAGCGCAGUUAUCACUAACGUUAAUGUAAAUGGAGUUCUGAAGGCAAAGUGUACUUCUGGCCACGCCCCCUGUAGUGAUGUCAUGCCAGGUGAAGGGUGGUCCUCAUUUGUCUCCAUCGCAGUGACUGAUUGUCUCAGUAGUUGUCAAUGGAAACGUAGCCAUAGAAACAAAGGGACCAAAGGAAGAGCGAGCAGCCAAUCAGAGCUCAGGCCUGAAGUUCACCUUAACGACAGCAUUCUAACAAGCUAACGAUGCUAACAAGGCUCUGCUCAGUGUUUAUCCUCUUGUGUUUGUUAGUGUUAGCGCUUGUUAGCAUGUAUUAGCAUGUGUGAGCAGGACUAACACAUCAUAGUGUUAGUAUAUGUUAGCAGUGUUAGCACUUGUUAGCAUGUAUUUGCAUAUGAUAGCAAGACUAGCACCUGUUAGCCUGUGAUAGCAGUGUUGAUGCAGGUGAAUUACGCAGGUGUGACGACUCCUCUGAACUUAACU